CCUCGACUGAUGUAACUUGGAUCAACAUUCAUGUUUAGUAGUACCGGUCCAGAAACUUCUGAACUACGGUGAAAGGGAACCAAGAAGUAUCUAAUUGGAACUUACGACGUAUUUGACGUUAUAGACCUCUGUAAACUGCAAAGCAGUGUGCCAUUAUGUGCAGCCCAGAUUUACUAGACCAGUGCCGUGUCUGCUAUCUUCGGGCUAAAGACUAGAAUCUGACAUGUCGGUUUAUACGGGCAAACAACACACCUUACAAAGCUGAGCAUCGUGCAUAAGCAGUGUGGACCAGAAGCAGUUCGCGGCAUAAUUUAUGCCGAAAGAAGAUGGCUGUCUUCUGGGCUGUACCGCCGUGUAGUCUGAUAGAAAUUUACCGACGCUUCAGAAGUCCUUGCUGCCUCGAUCAUCAGAGCUCAUCGGCCAGCAUCCUGUCUAAUGAACAGCAGGGGGCUCCUUUCUCAGGGGUAAAGCGGCCGGAGCCUGAAGCCGACCACACAUCCACAUUUAGGGCGAGGGUAAGAAUGUAUCGACUGUAUGACUGUAAGGCCUGGUGCUCCAGGAACAACUUUAGCAAGAUUACUUGUGUCUAUGGCUGUCUGCUACGCCACUGCAGAAGAGUCAAUAAUUCAAGGAAGUUGUCUGGGCAACUUGCAUCAAGAAAUAGAAGAACGAGUUUGUUUGGUUUCUUUGAGAUGCCAAUAGCUUGAGGCAAGAGGUCACUAGUUUCUGACGAUUAUUCGUGCACACGUCAAGUGCAGUGGAGACGGAAUGUAGCUCAAGUUCGCCGACAACAAUCCUUCGUGUCCCAGUUCCGUUCUUUGCGCAUCUGUAGUGGCACAAUAAUCAGUGUUUGUUGUGUUCGAGCGUUCUGAUGGCUGUCGGUUUCCACGUCAGCUUUGAAAGUGAUUACGCUGUGUUGGGACUAUAAUCUACAAUACUGUUCCGAUAUAAUUAUGUGUAAAUUACCAGUGCUUGGUCUGUGAUUGACAGUGAAAUUUCGUAUCAUUAUUGCGAGUAAUGGAAUUUUGACGCACCAAAGAAGACUACUUGGGAUCAUUCAGAAACAGAAGCGUGUGUUUCUUGGCGAUGGGAUUUUUGAAGCUCUGGCAUCGCAUCUUCAAUGUUAUAACACUAACCACAAUAAUGAUGACCAUCUAUAUAGGAGGUUGUAUCCAAGACGUCACUGUUCAACAAGAAGCAAAUACAAUUAUAGGUGUGAUAAUACAAGUAUGUGAAUGUGAACCUGAUGUGUUUGGAUGUGGUUAUCCUACUCUAAAGGGCGUUGUAAAAUUUGAGGCAAUAAGGUGGAUGUUAUCUGCCUUGAAUCAAAGGACGGGUUCAGCUUUUCUGCCAGGUGUUUCUAUCGGAAUUCAUGCUUUUGAUACCUGUGGAACGUUAAGAGCUGCUGUAACACAACUUGGGAAAUUUUUACCAUCAUUAAAAGGAGUUAACAAUACUUUCUUCAUACCCUCAGCAGUAAAGCUUGGGUUGCUGGAUGGUGCAGGAUUAUCUUAUGUUCCAGAAGUACAAUCAGCUCUGAAUGAGCUUCAGUUUCCAGUUAUAAACUUGGACCCAGAAAUUGUUAUGCCUCCAGAACAAAAGGCCAAGGCAAUGCUAGCUAUGGUGAAGAAGUUAAAAUGGCAUUAUCUGAUCAUGGUACAUGGUAGUGAUGUCUAUAGCACCCAUGUAGCACAUUUGAUAAAGCAACUUGCAUCUGCCAAUAAUGAGAUUUGUAUAUUAUCCAUGGUGCAAUAUAUAUACAUGGAAGGACUGAAUGAUAAUGUUGAUGAGGACAUCAGACACUCAAAUCAGAAUACUGUACAAUCAGCAUUAUCAAGAAACAAUUAUGGAAUUCCCAUUCUUGUAAUAAUGCAACAGUCUUAUAUCCAGAACUUUCUGGAAUAUGUUACAGAUUACAUUAAUCCAAACAACACAAGCUCUUUACAGCUAUUUUUUUCAAACUUACUUACACAUGAGGACAUCAGUCAUAUGCCUAAACAAGUUAUGAAAGUCUAUUCACUUUCUAUUCAAAAUAACCAGUUAAAUAAUUUUGAGGAAUACUGGCAAGACCGCAUUAGGCAUAUGAAGCAUACAAGAACAUACCCAUCUCAAGAGAAUCAGUGGCUGUGGAGGUACUUACAAGGCCAACAUUGUGCCCCUAGCCAAUUUAAUUCUUCAGUACCAGUUUUGAAUCUGGGAUGUAUUCACAGUGCAGGAAAAACAAAACCAGAAGAUGAUUUAUACAUUGCAUUGAGAGGAGAAGACAUCUUAACAGCCAGUCAAGGAGUAGCUCUAAUGGCUCAAGCUCUACAGUUAGCAUGGGAAAUUGUAUGUUUUAGUGGCACUAGGCAUCCUUGCCCAGACCUGUUGAAAAUGUCACAUCAGGACUUUCAACAGUCAUAUUUUGCAAAAGUAUUAAAAAACCAAAGAAGCGGUCUUAAGUUACCCCAACCAAAUAUAGACUGGUUAAAAGAACCAGGCUUACUUCCAGAUCUGUUGCUUGUGGAAUAUGUUAGAAGUCAUCAGCACAGAAGUAUUAUUAAUUUAAUUAAGUUGAUGAACUUCAAUGCACAAGAUGAACUGAAGAUCUUGGAUGACAGUUUUGAACAACAUUCUGUUGAAAUGUGCACUGACUGCGGAGCAUGUCUUCAUGCAGUACAUGAUCGAGCAACUGUUGGACAACAUCCAAGUUCUCCAAAUUUUGAGGCACAGCUCUUGCAGCCAGCAUCACAUUCACUGAAGUACAACAUACAGUACUUGACAGAUGAUUAUCAGAUCUUGUUUCCAUCUUCACAGAACAUUUAUAUUGCUGCUCUUUUUGCAGUUCAUAAAGGAACUGAUAGAGACUCCUCAUUGCAAUGUAAACAGGAUGAAGUGGAUUUAAAGGCCAUAAGACAAAUAGAAGCAUUCCUUUGGGCAUUACAUAAAGUGAAUGCACAUCUCCAUAGUGUAAAUGGUUUACAACUUGGAGGUUUACUCAUUGACACGUGCAAUUCUAGAGUCCGUACAAUGAUGCUGGCUGCAGGUCUGGAUGCCUUGAACAAUAAAAUAAAAAGAGGAAGCAGCAAACGAAAUUUUGUCUAG